AUGGACCAUGCUGCGUCGAACAAGGAACACCUUUCCAAUGCCGCUCUCGGGCAAGGAGUCGGCUACGGAAUCGUGUUGGGCCUUGGCGGUGCCUUUGCUCUAGGCAUGAUCCUCGUGACCUUCAUCCUCCGGCGAUACAACCGUGAAGUCCAGACAUCUGAGAUGUUCAACACAGCGGGCCGUACCGUCAAGUCCGGCCUCGUUGCCUCAGCCGUGGUUUCCUCAUGGACGUGGGCCGCGACCCUUCUUCAAAGUACAGGUGUCUGUUACCGAUACGGCGUCUCUGGACCAUUUUGGUAUGCUUCCGGCGCGACUGUCCAGAUCUUGCUCUUCGCCACUCUUGCCAUUGAACUUAAGCGCCGUGCCCCGAACGCCCACACCUACCUCGAAAUUAUCAAGGCUCGUUAUGGCACUUUUGCCCACAUCGUAUUCCUCGUUUUCGGCCUGGCUACGAACAUUCUGGUGUCUUUGAUGCUGAUUGUGGGGGGUUCCGCCACGGUCAAUGCCUUAACCGGCAUGCACACCAUUGCUGCGAUUUACCUCCUCCCAAUUGGUGUCAUUGCUUACACGCUCGUCGGCGGUUUGAAGGCAACCAUCCUGACGGAUUGGGUCCACACCUUUAUCCUCUUGAUCAUCAUCAUCGUGUUUUCUCUAACCGCGUACGCCUCUCACGAUGUUUUGGGCUCCCCCGGCGCUGUUUACGACCUCUUGGUGAAGGCUGCUGCCCGGCACCCAGUGGACGGAAACAAGGACGGUAGCUACCUCACGAUGCAGUCGCGAGAAGGCGCCAUUUUCUUUGUCAUCAACAUUGUCGGAAAUUUUGGCACUGUGUUCCUCGACAAUGGUUACUACAACAAGGCCAUUGCUGCCUCUCCCGUCCACGCCCUGCCUGGCUACAUUUUGGGCGGCCUUUGUUGGUUUGCGAUCCCUUGGCUGACUGCCACGACUAUGGGCCUCACUGCCCUCGCUAUGGAAAACACCCCAUGGUUCCCGACGUACCCGGACCGUAUGAGCGAUGCCGAUGUCAGCGCCGGCCUUGUGCUCCCUUAUGCCGCUGUGGCGCUUCUCGGGAAAGGGGGCGCCAUUGGGACGCUCCUCAUCGUGUUCAUGGCCGUCACGAGUGCCACCUCUAGUCAGCUCAUCGCGGUCAGCACGAUUUGCACCUACGAUCUGUACCGCACUUAUUUCAAUCCAUCCGCCAGCGGGAAGCGACUUAUCUGGACCAGUCAUGCGGUUGUGGUGGGUUAUGGGCUUUUCAUUGCGACGUUUUCCGUGGGGCUUUGGUACGCUGGCGUUUCCAUGGGCUACCUGUAUCUUAUGAUGGGUGUCAUCAUUUCGUCGGCAGUACUUCCCGCCACCCUCGCGUUGGUGUGGGCUGGUCAGAACAAAUGGGCGGCAUCUCUGUCCCCUAUUAUUGGCCUCGCCUGUGCUCUCAUCGCUUGGCUCGUGACCGCCAAAAAAGAGUGUGGAGAUCUAGGUGUAGCCUGCACCGGGUCCAACAAUCCCAUGUUGGCAGGCAAUGUGGCGGCGCUUCUUUCCCCCGUCGUCUUGGUUGCUGUUUUCACCCUCAUAUUUGGCGUCGACAAGUAUGAUUGGAAGUCAAUGAUGGAGAUUCGUAGGGGCGACGACCAUGACCUAGCUGAUGCUGCGGGCAUGGAUCUCGAGGACAUUCCCGGCGGACACAAUGAAACAACCGUCGAAUUUGAUGAGGAGCAGAGAAAGCUGUCGCGGGCUGGCAAGAUCAGCAAGACCGCAACAGUAGUUAUGACGCUCGCUUUUCUCAUCCUGUGGCCGAUGCCCAUGUACGGAAGCGGUUACAUCUUUAGUAAACCCUUUUUCACCGGCUGGGUUACCAUCGGUAUAAUUUGGAUCUUUUGCUCAUUCAUCGGAGUUGGCUUGUUUCCCCUCUUCGAAAGUAGGGCAACACUUGCUCGCACGGUCAAGAACAUCUUUUUAGACGUUACCGGCAAGUCACAUCCUAAGACGAUUCAUGCCCAGGCAGUCGAGGGACAGAAGACGUCUGGCGAUGUCACGCCCACAGAAAAGUCGGCCCCGAAGUCGAUUGUCGAAUCAGGAUGA